GAGUUUGUAGGGAUGCGCGUGGAUUGACUGGCGCGUCACAGGCAGCCGGAACGCCCCUUGGCAGCGGCUAUAGACGCGGCGCCCUCUUCCAACACUUAUUCCACAGGGAUAAGAGCGCACCUCGGACCUGUGCAGCUCGGAGCGAAGGAGACGGAGUCCAACCCGAGCAAAUGGCUGCGUUUGUUUUCACGGUGUCGUCUGUACUGUUUGGAAUUUUCAGCUUUGUUUCCUCAUCUCGGACUUAUCCUCCGAAUGAAGUGACGCUCCUGGACUCCCGAACAGUGCAAGGGGAAUUGAAAUGGGUGGCAAGCCCAACAGAAGGAGGGUGGGAGGAGGUGAGCAUCAUGGACGAGAAGAACACGCCCAUCCGCACCUACCAGGUGUGCAACGUGAUGGAGCCCAGCCAGAACAACUGGCUGCGGACGGACUGGAUCGCUCGCGGCGGAGCCCAGCGCAUCUACGUGGAGAUCAAGUUCACGCUGCGCGACUGCAACAGCCUGCCGGGGGUGACGGGCACCUGCAAGGAGACCUUCAACCUCUACUACUACGAGUCCAACGACGACAAGGAGCGCUACAUCCGCGAGAGCCAGUUCGGCAAGAUCGACACGGUGGCGGCGGACGAGAGCUUCACGCAGGUGGACAUCGGCGACCGCAUCAUGAAGCUCAACACUGAGGUCCGCGUCGUGGGCUCCCUGACCCGCAAGGGCUUCUACCUGGCCUUCCAGGACGUGGGCGCCUGCAUCGCCCUGGUCUCCGUGCGCGUCUUCUACAAACGCUGCCCGCUCACCGUCCGCAACCUGGCGCAGUUCCCCGACACGGUCACGGGUGGCGACACCUCCUCCUUGGUGGAGGUGCGUGGCUCCUGCGUGCACAACUCCGAGGAGCAGGACGCCCCGCGCAUGUUCUGCGGCGCCGACGGCGAGUGGCUGGUGCCUAUCGGUAACUGCCUGUGCAGCCCCGGGUACGAGGAACGUGGCGGCACAUGCAAUGCCUGCAGGCCCGGCUUCUUCAAGGCUCAGGCCACGGAGCCCGGAUGCUCGGCCUGCCCUCAGCACAGCGGCUCCACCACUGAGGCCUCCUCCGCCUGCCGCUGCCACCAGGGAUACUUCCGCUCGCCCUCUGACCCCGUCUCCAUGGCGUGCACGCGACCCCCCUCGGCCCCCCAGCAGCUCAUCUCCAAUGUGAACGAGACUUCGUUGACCCUGGAGUGGACGGCACCGGAGUCGUCCGGCGGCCGCGACGACCUCAGCUACAGCGUGGUGUGCCAGCGGUGUGGGCCAGACCCGCGGCGCUGUCAGCCAUGCGGGGGCGCCGUGCACUACUCCCCCCAAAAGGAGGGGCUGCGAGACACGCGUGUCGCCAUCACCGACCUGCAGGCCCACACCAACUACACCUUCCAGGUCUGGGCCGUAAACGGCGUGUCCCAGCAGAGUCCCGGACGCGAGCAGUCUGUGUCCGUCACCGUGACCACCAACCAGGCCGCUCCCUCCCAGGUCACAACCAUCCAGACCAAAGAGAUCACGCGGCACGCCGUCUCACUGGUGUGGCAGCCGCCCGAGCGAUCCAACGGUGUCAUCUUGGAGUACGAGGUCAAGUACUACGAGAAGGACCAGAACGAGAGGAGCUACAGAAUAAUCAAGACCUCCUCCCGGAGCGCCGACAUCAAGGGCCUGUCUCCCCUCACCUCGUACGUCUUCCACGUGCGGGCGCGCACAGCCGCGGGCUACGGCGAAUUCAGCGCCCCCUAUGAGCUAAUGACUAACUCUGUCCCAUCCCCAGUCAUCGGCGACGGCGCCAACCCCACCGUGCUGUUGGCCUCGGGCGGCGGUGCCAUCGGCCUGCUCCUCGUGGCUGUGGGGGCCUUUGUCAUUUCCAGAAGGAGAAGUAAGUACAGCAAAGCGAAGCAGGAUGCGGACGAGGAGAAAUGCCCCCCCCAAGGUAUGAAGACCUACGUGGAUCCCUUCACUUACGAGGACCCUAACCGUGCCAUUCGACAGUUUGCCAAAGAGAUAGACGCUUCCUGCAUUAAGAUCGAGAAGGUCAUUGGCAUCGGGGAGUUCGGCGAGGUGUGCAGCGGCCGGCUGAAGCUGCCGGGAAAACGGGAGAUCUGCGUGGCCAUCAAGAGCCUGAAGGCGGGCUACACUGACAAGCAGAGGCGGGACUUCCUGAGCGAGGCCAGCAUCAUGGGCCAGUUCGACCACCCCAACAUCAUCCACCUGGAGGGAGUGGUCACCAAAUGCAAGCCGGUGAUGAUCAUCACGGAGUACAUGGAAAACGGAUCCCUGGACACGUUCCUGAGGAACAACGACGGGCGCUUCACGGUGAUCCAGCUGGUGGGCAUGUUGCGUGGCAUCGCCUCGGGCAUGAAGUACCUGUCAGACAUGAGCUACGUGCACCGCGACCUGGCAGCAAGGAACAUCCUGGUCAACAGCAACCUGGUGUGCAAGGUGUCCGACUUCGGCAUGUCACGCGUGCUGGAGGACGACCCGGAGGCCGCCUACACCACCAGGGGGGGGAAGAUCCCCAUCAGGUGGACGGCCCCCGAGGCCAUCGUCUACAGGAAGUUCACGUCGUCCAGCGACGUGUGGAGCUACGGCAUCGUCAUGUGGGAGGUGAUGUCGUACGGCGAGCGGCCGUACUGGGACAUGAGCAACCAGGACGUGAUCAAAGCCAUCGAGGAGGGUUACCGGCUGCCCCCACCCAUGGACUGUCCUGUCGCCCUGCACCAGCUAAUGCUGGACUGCUGGCAGAUGGAGCGCAGUGCAAGGCCCAAGUUCAGCCAGACGGUCAACAUGCUGGACAAGCUCAUCCGCAACCCCAGCAGCCUGAAGAGGACGGGAGGGGAGGCGCCGCGGACCGGUACUGGCUUGCUGGAUCCGAACAGCCCUGAGCAGCUGUCCUCCUCUGGGGGAUCCGUGGGAGACUGGCUGCACGCCAUUGGGAUGGAGAGGUCCAGGGACAACUUCAGGUCCACCGGCUACCCCAGCCCCGAGGCCGCAGUCCGCAUGACGCAGGAGGACAUGGCCAGAAUGGGAAUAUCUUCAGCGGCGCACCAUAACAAAGUCCCAUCAAGUGUCCAGGAAAUGCAGUCCCCAGUGCAACCGAUGCAGGAUGGGAUGGUUCCGGUGUGAAGGAUAAAGAAACCACAAACUAACUCGAAGCUGGCCAUUUCUGAGGAAAGUUACGAAAUAAUAAAAUUGUUUACCUCAUCCAUGCACUUUAAACUACGUUGGAAUAUAGGAAAUGAGGAGCAGGAAGCUGCACUUUUACACGACAUCAUCGCUGCCCUUUUGCAACAAGACAGUGGAAAUGUUGUCUUGGACUGGAAUGUACUUCUGAAGGACCAAACUGGCACGUUUGCCAUGUAUUUGUAGGAAAGGAACUACGAGUUUCUCGUGCGUCACAUUUAUGGCGAUUUCUCGCAUACUGAGAUAUAGAUUGUUUGAAUUUUCAUUUUAUUCGUAUGUCUUUGUAUAAAUUGUUCUUUGUAAUAUACUGCCAUGUUAUUCAUGUUUACUUUUCCUGCAUCCUCACCUUCGUUCGAGCCCUUCUGUAUCACACAGCUGUGUCCUCGUUUUACAUAUGAGCCAGUUUUGCCUUCGGCCCCAUUAUCUCCGACCAUCUGACCUAAGGUCAUGUGCACGGUCCGCCGCCGCCUUCCCCGGCUCUGGGACAAAGCCGGGUCAGGAUGCCGUAGCCCUGACGGCCACCUCCCCCCCCCCGUGUUUUCUCCCUCCCGGUGCAUGCCGCAUUCGACAGACGCCAAUCGACAUAGUGGCGGGGCAGUAAACCCCAGGAGCCGUGUGGAGCGAACCAAACGUGUCUUGAACCGGGGGGGGGGAGUGUUUUCCCAUCACUCACAUUUAAGGUAGUUCCAAAAAAUGUAAUGAAGUUAGCGAAGCAGAUCCGGUCAGUACGGAAUGAAUAUGAAUGUAAUUUUUUCUGCCUGAAAUGUUUUUCGGUUUGCCAACCUGUGAUUUGUCUUCUUCUAAAGGGUCUGUCCGGUCUGUGACAAGCACGAUUUGUGGUUAGGGUGUCUUCACACUGUCAUUGUGUACUGGGUGCGGUGACACCUUUCCAAACACGGUCUCGUAGGUCUGUAAGCUCCAAAAGGUUCCGAGAAAAAAGGAACUGCUGGCUUACGUGUAUAAAAGAAGAGAGAACUCCUCAAGGAGAUUUUUGAAAUUGUUCCCAAAGGACUGUGUUUGUUCAUUGCUGUUGCAGCCAUUUUACUUUCCCAGUGACUGAGAUGAAUGCUCUGCUCCGGGUUCGAGUUGGUCCGCAGCCAGCAGUGGAAGACCCCUGACAUGUAUGGCGGACAGGAACGUGGAUAGAGGUCUGUCCACAUGAUCUGGUCAGCUUCUCAUUGACGGGAGCUCCAGGCUUUUGGACAGAGAAGGGAGCGGCAUAGAGAAUCGGUCCUGACGUCAGUCGCAAUCAGGGGACAAAGCCUCUCUUUUUUUAGAGCCAGUUUCUUCAGGAGACUCACUGGUUUUCGUUUUCACCCAUCUGGCCUCCCAGCAGUCGGACCCCAGGGACGCUGCCGGCCGUCUCUCUCUCACGGAGCUGAUCCAGCCCGCUGUACCGGAGGUCUCCGAAUCUGCCCCAGGGUGCGGCGAAAUCUCCAAGAUGCCCUGAGAUUUCCGGAAGGUGCCGCACGGGGAUGCAUAGACAGACAAAAAAGGAAACAUUUUAUCUUUAUGGGCUGUUUUUUAAAAUAAGACUGAUACGCAUAAAAUUCAGAAAAAGAAUGUAAAAUAAAUGCUUGCAGAUAUUAA